CUCAAGGUAUAUGAUGCCACUAAUGGACGAAGAUAUUCUCGUUGCGUUGAAAUGCAUCGAAUAUCUGGCGACACGUCUUGGUGUCCUGGUAGAUGGUGGAAACACGGUCGCUGUGUGGGAUGUUGCCAAGGCGAUGGUUGUAGAGUUCUUGGCUAGUAGAGGUUCUAGCUGUGAAGUAUCUGUUUUGAGAGAAAUCCUAAAAGACGUUGAUUCUCGGUUUGCAAUCGAAUUGUCACGCAUGGUAUCUUCUCAUCUCUCUCGCAUUCUUUUGUUUACCAAGUCUGUGGAGUUGACGGUACACGUAACAGACGGUAGAAUAAUGUUAACCAAAGGAGAAACGCGUCGCUAUUUGACAAACUUUGGCGGCAUGCCCACGGGCUUUGUUUCCAAUAGAUUUGUUACGUCCUACAAAUCAAUGGAAAGACUAAUGCGACGUUCACUCGAAUAUCCGUUGACCGACAGCGAAGUGGAGGAAGUGUAUAAACUUGCAGUGUGGCAGUCACGACAUUUCAUUUAUCACGUUCAGCCUGAAGUUGUUCUGCCGACAGACGUGGGAUGUCAGCUCGACGACCUUGAAAGAGGAUCACGUGUAGAUCCUUAUGUUUUAGAGUCUAUGUUGGCUGCCACACAACAAGUGCACGUUGAUGCAUCCGAUCAUUGUCAACCUUCUCCGCAUACUUUAGUUGCAAAAGGUGACGAGGAAAAGCGAAAACAUGGCAUACGCGAAAAGGAGAAGACAGCAGACAACACUGACAGUGAUGCAACAACACAAGAGCAAGACGGUUCUCUACAUUCUGACUCGUUUUAUGUAGCUUCCGCUUCUUCUAUGCUGCGAGACACGUGUCCUACUUCAGACAGAAAAAAACUUACAACACCACGUGAUGACUCAUCACGCUUGAUAUCAAUGUUGAAUGAUAGCAUCGAGUCUGCGUGUUCGUCAGAUGUUCUAGCACACACAGAACUCGAUCUCAAUAGAACGUAUGAGCGAUCUUAUCUUCGAAAGACUGAGCUCGACAGUAAUCUACAAGAUUUGACCGACGCCGUGGCGUCAAUAUCUAGUCCCGUUGUUGUCUACAGCUUGAAAGAGAAACUAGAAGAAACGAGACAGGAGCUAGAAAUUGAGACGAGGCUGCAUGUGGAUCUGGAAACGCUGAGAGACCGACUGGCUAUAAAGCAACAAUCACUUGCUUGUCAACGACCUCCACUCACUCUAACUCUUCUACCCGUUUGCAAGCUACAGGACAGUCUGCAUGGUGUGCUUCUAUAUCAUCGGCAACAGGAACGACUGGGCGUCGCCGUUCUACUACAACUGCUUGUUCGGAGUUUGAAGUUUUUCUCGUACGAUGACGUGAAUGUGGUUCAAAGAGAACUGAGAAUGGUGCCACAGGAUGUGACUCAAUAUUUGUCUACUCAACACGAGUGCAUCAUAAAAGAAAUUGCUCAUCAUUGUUCGCAACUCGUUCGCCGUCUCUUACUGCACAGUCAUUGUCCACUAUAACUUUUGUACUUUUGGAUGUAAUGAAGACGAUGCUGAAUUUGAAUUAUUGUACCAGUAGUGCCAUUUAUGAUGGCGAGGAUUGUAUAGUGCAUUGUCUCACAUGAGAUUUACAGAGGUAUUCGAGGAAGUGAGGCAGUGACUUAGCAUCAUUCAUAGAAACACAUUACGACAAUGGUCUACUGUGUGAUAUCUACGAUUGACAAUACACAUUUAGUAUGAAUUCAUUACUUGUUUGCAGUUUUAGUUCGUAGUGUAUAUUGAACUGUAUACAGUACUGUACAUAUACUUUGUAUGUAGUUAGAGGCAACUGCAUGUUUGCAUUUUAGUUACAUACACAAUGUUCUGCUUCAUACAAUGAGAUGCCGUUGGUCAUUGUGCAAACAACUUGGCAAUACAAAACA